AUGAUGACCGGUGACCAACAAGAGUGUGGCCCUCCAGUAACCCGUGUAUCAUUUGUAAAGACAUACAAGACAGCUAGUACGACAAUUUCAUCUAUACUUAUACGGUAUGGGAUAAAUAACAAUUUGUCCUUUGUUUUACCAUCACAUCAUGAACAAGGCUGGUUCUCAAGAACAGUACGUUUCAACAGUAAAAUGCAGAAGAAAUUGUUGCCUCCUCUUCCAGGCUCAAACUACAGUAUCCUAGCAAGCCACGUACCAUUCAAUAAAACAGCAAUCGAAGAAGUGAUUCCUAAUGCCACGCAUAUAACAAUAUUACGUCAUCCUGUAUUUGCGUAUGAAUCAAUAUUUGGGUUUUUCAAAAUCGCACGAAACUUUAAAAUUAAAAAACAAUCAAGACAAAAUGAAUUCCAAACUUUUCUAUUAAACUCAGACAAGUAUUUGAAGCGUGUUAAGGAUCCUUUCUACAAGACACUGCUUCGAAAUAGACAGAUAUUUGACGUUGGACUUGAUCUUAAAGACUAUGACAAUGAAACUAUUGUGGAUUAUGUAAUUGACCGAGCAUCAAAGGAGUUUGACUUGGUGAUGAUUGCAGAGUAUUUUGAUGAAUCGCUCAUUCUGUUGAAGAAUGUUAUGUGCUGGGAAUUAGAAGACAUUCUAUACAUGCAACAAAAUAAAAGAGUUGACCACCUACGUUACAAAAUCAAUGACUGGGAGCGACAGCGAAUAUUAGAGUUGAACGAAGCUGAUGUUAAAUUGUAUCAACACUUCAAUGAAACGUUUUGGCGUAAGGUUGAGGCGUAUGGUUCAAAAUUUAGCAAAGAUUUGGCGACUUUUCAAAGCAAGUUAGAGAAGAUGCAUACAGAGUGUAUAGAUGAUGGUAAAUAUACUACUGACUAUCGAGGCCGCAGGAAUACAACGCUCCUGAAGGACGGCGCACCCGCAUAUUGUUCAAAUAUACACGACAAUAGUUUUUCCUCUCUUGCUAGCAGACAAACGCUGAAUAUAUCAAAUCCAAUCCUUUGA